AUGACACAACCGAAUGCUGCUGGCACUGCAAAAGAUGCAGCUGAUCAAAACUUUGAUUACAUGUUCAAAUUACUAAUCAUCGGAAACUCAUCCGUUGGAAAAACAUCAUUCCUCUUUCGCUAUGCAGAUGAUUCGUUUACGUCAGCAUUUGUUAGUACAGUCGGUAUUGAUUUUAAGGUUAAAACAGUAUUCCGCCAAGACAAACGUGUUAAAUUACAAAUCUGGGACACGGCUGGUCAGGAACGUUAUCGUACAAUAACAACUGCAUAUUAUCGUGGUGCAAUGGGUUUCAUCUUAAUGUAUGACAUAACUAACGAAGAAUCAUUCAAUGCUGUGCAAGAUUGGUGUACCCAAAUCAAAAUGUACUCCUGGGAUAACGCGCAAGUUGUUCUUGUCGGAAAUAAAUGCGAUUUAGAACAGGACCGAGCAGUGACGCAAGAACGCGGCCAACGUCUUGCGGAUCAAUUGGGUUUGGAAUUUUUCGAAACAUCGGCAAAGGAGAAUACUAAUGUCAAAGCCGUUUUUGAACGAUUGGUGGAUAUUAUCUUAGAAAAAAUGUCCGAUGCACCUGAAGAUGCAAAUGACAGCAAUCCGAAUACAAAUCCAUAUAGUAGUGCUGCUGGUAAAUACACGAAAGAUACGACCAAACUUCGAGCUACUGAUCCACAACCACAAGGAAAUAACUGUCAGUGUUAA